UGGUAAAAUUGCAAGUCUAUCGUGUUUGAGGACGGACAUGACGGUCCCAUAAGCCCGGACACGGGCUAAGACUCCAUAGCGAGGGUGUAACUAUAUAGUUACUAUAUAGCAACCACUCGGAAAUUUUCGUUAUAGGGAAAAGUCACUGGUUUCUCAACCAAUCGACCAAAUUCUUGUUUCUCCUUAUAGUAAAGUGGAGGCGAUCUUUCAUAAAUUUAGAUACCCAGCUAUGUAGGUAGUCCCCUUCAUACUUAAAUUGCGAUAUGCAACCAUUCACCACCAUCAAAACUUUUUUCUGGGAGGUCACAUCGAAAAAUCCCUUAGGAUAGCACUAGAUUAUGUCCGUAAUUGAUUUUUUGGUCUCUUUAUUUUUUUCUCUAAAACGCACCCCCUUGGCUGUAGGGCGCGGUCAAAGUUUUCGAAGGGGGGGGGGUGAAUGCAUACUAAGGUGUAACUGUAACUAUAGUUUUUUACCUCACCUUAGAAAAAAAUUUAGCAAGCCUUCCCUAAAUUCGAAUAAAUUCCAUGUUGUCAAGUGAUAAUCCAAAAUAAUUUAAAAAGAAUGACCGGAAUUCGGACUAUGAACAAUGACGACGAGUUGGAAACCAUGAUUCGUGGCAUGGGGGGCGAAAGGUGCACCGUAGUCUACUUUUUUCUCCCUUGGUGUGGAUCCUGCCAAAAAAUGAAUCCCUUCGUUGACAAUAUAGCAGAGAAGAAUCCAAACACUUUGUUCCUCAAGGUUGACGCCGAGCGAUGCAUGUCAUCCUCCAAGAAACACCGAAUCACCAAAGUCCCCAUCUUUGUCCUGUACAACAAUCGGACUCGUGUCGAUCGUGUCGAGGGUGCAUCCCCCGUGGAACUGGAAUCAAAAAUUAAGCGAAUUCAGAACGACAUUGACUACAAAAAGGUGGGUGGUCUCACCCCAACUGCGGCCAUGACGUCGAUGGGAAUGCCGUCGCAAAUUGGGGGAGGUGCAGGAACUCCGAAAAUGGGUGAUAUCUCAGACUACUUGGAUCGGAAGAACUGUCGCGUCGUGAAUGACCUCUUGCCGACCCCGUUCUCGGGGUUCUUGGAGGGGAAUAAACUCGUCUCGGGGAGAGGAAUGGGCCGGCUGUUGCUCGUGUAUAGUUUCACGGAAAAAAUGAUGAUCCAAUCCUUCAAAUUGAAAGCUCCGAUUCACUCCGGGCCAAGAAUCCUUCGCUUUUUCACCACGGUUGGAAGAGGGGUCGACAUUAAUGAGAUUAAUCAGAUGAAUGCGACCCAAGAAGUCAUGUUAUCUGAAGACGACUUGGCUGGAGAACACGUUAUCGACUUGCGCCAAGGCGGCUUCGUCGGCAUCACCGGAAUUCAAAUCUUCAUCCCGGAAAACAUGACGAAAUCGAGACGGAUUGAGAUUGACCAUUUGAUCAUGAACGGGGCUCCACUAUCCCUGACGCCGUACGCCGGCACUGCAGACGCGGAGGCGUACUCUUCUCGCGUUGUUGGCGGAAUGUCGCAGGGGGUGGAGGGGCCAAGUGCGAGACACAAAUAUUAAGGUCAUAAUUACACAAAAUUAUUUCUAAAAAUCUGUGAAAAUUCCAGAAAUAAAGUAUGAACUCAUGCUAUUAACUAAACAACUGAAGAUUUUGUAAUUAUAUAACUAGGAAAAAAUACAAAAACUUUUUAUUUCUUAUUAAAUUUUUACAAAUUAUAGUUACGAUUUCAGUUUGAUUCUAGUUGAAUCUAGUGAUUAUCCUUAAUAAACUAAAUAGUUAACACGAUGACAUUAAAAAUAAAGUUGCAGUUUUUUUUACAUAAAAACCAACUAAAAUAAUUACAAUAUGUUUAUUAAUACCUCAUGUAACCUAUGCUUAAAUAAAUAGCAAAACUUCACAAAAAAA